UUCUGGCUGCUGAGAGCACCCGCUGGUCAGCUCUGGUACUGCAGCCCACACGGCAGGAGAACCCAGGAAGGCAGGUCACUGGGCACAGGAUUUCCAGGAGCAGGCUGGGAAUCAGUUAUUGGCCAGUAUAGCUGGACAUCAGGGGCUGGCAUGUCGGGCUGUGCAGCGGGCAGAGGCACGUCAGCGGGCACCGAGUCAUCUGGCACGACAGCGGGCACCGAGUCACCAGGCACAUCAGCGGGCACCGAGCCAUCUAGCAGAACCACGGGCACAGAGUCACCUGGCAAGUCAGCGGGCACCGAGUCACCGGGCAUGUCAGCGGGCACCGAGCCAUCUAGCAGAACCGCAGGCACAGAGUCACCUGGCAAGUCAGCGGGCACCAAG